AUGCCCCAGAGCUGCACCAAGCCCUCGGACAUGGCCGAGCUCGUCAGCAGCCAGGCCUGGAUGGGCGACGUGCCGGCAGCCAAGGCCGAGCUGAAGGAGGGGGACACCAGGAGCGCUCCCUUCGCGCUGGUGCCGGCCCUGGAGGAGCACGACAGCGUGGAGGAGGAGGAGGAGGAGGAAGAGGACAGCGAGAAGCCCAAGAGGAGGGGCCCGAAGAAGAAGAAGAUGACCAAGGCCAGGUUGGAACGGUUCCGGGCGCGGCGGGUCAAGGCCAACGCCCGCGAGCGCACGCGGAUGCACGGCCUGAACGACGCCCUGGACAACCUGCGCAGGGUCAUGCCCUGCUACUCCAAAACCCAGAAGCUCUCCAAGAUCGAGACGCUGCGGCUGGCCAGGAACUACAUCUGGGCCCUGUCCGAGGUGCUGGAGACGGGGCAGACGCCCGAGGGGAAGAGCUUCGUGGAGAUGCUGUGCAAGGGGCUCUCGCAGCCCACCAGCAACCUGGUGGCCGGCUGCCUGCAGCUGGGAGCGCAGCCGCUCUUCCUGGAGAAGCACGAGGAGAAGCCCUGCGAGGCAGCCCUGCCUGGCCACUCCUUCGGCUACCAGGGGCUGCCCAGCCCUCCCUACGGCUCCAUGGAGUCCCACCUGCUGCACCUGAAGCCGCCGGCCUUCAAGAGCCUGGUGGAGGCUUCCUUCGGGAGCCACCCCUCUGACUGCUCCACGCCCCCCUACGAGGGGCCCCUGACGCCGCCCCUGAGCAUCAGUGGGAACUUCUCCCUGAAGCAGGACGGCUCCCCGGAGCUGGAGAAGUCCUACCCCCCCUUCAUGGCCCACUACCCCUCGGUCAGCCUGGCCGGAGCCCACGGCCACGGCUCGCACUUCCAGGGCUCCGUGCCCCGCUACGAGAUCCCGCUGGACGUCGCCUUCGAGUCCUUCCCGCCGCACGUGGCUGGGCCUCAGCUCGGCGCCAUCUUCAAUGAGUAG